GUUUGUGUUGGCCGUCGAAACUAUACGAAAAAGAAAAAGGAAGUGGAAAAGAACCGCAGCCUUCUAUCCCGUCGGCCGUCGCCGUUCUCCCGACGCCGCCGCCGCCGCCGCCGCCUCCUCGUGUAGCCCCCACCCGACGUCGUCCUCCUGCCCGUGGAUCUCCGUCGCCCCCUUCCACGUCGAGCCCACGCGCCCCUCCACCCCCCGGCCUCGCCGUCCCCAUUGAGCACUCAAUCCGCCGGCCGCCAGGUUCAGAUUGGUUUCUCGAUGGAGGCACCACCGUCGAGGGAGGAAGGAACCUACUGCCAUGGCAAUGGUGGAGAUGCUGCUGCGGACGAUGACUCCUCCUGGUGUGAUUAUUCAGAUUCCCCAGGGCAUGGUUCCAGCUUACACAUGGAAUGGGCCCACUUGCAGGACCAGCUUCAUAAGAUGGGCUAUAGGGAAGGCAUAACCGAAGGGCGGAAGGACGCUGCCCAAGAGGGCUUCAAUCUUGGGCAUAGGCAAUCUGCGCCUCAAGGAUACAAGUGGGGUCUCGUUCGGGGAAUUACUAGUGCAUUGGCUAGCGUUCAAGACAGUCUAAAAGAAAAGUUGCUGCUCGAUGCCCAGCGUAGAGGGAAACUUGAGGAUUUGCGCAACUCUGUGCGAGAAAUUCCACCAGAGGCUGCACUGCGGAUGUUUCAUGAGAGUAUUAUUCAGGAUAAUGCUCCGCUAGUGGAAAGCAGCCUUCAAGCUAUUCCAAAUGAUCUUCUGCUGUUGUUGCGCGAAUGCCCAGAUGUUCAAGUUCCUGAAGAGUUGAAACGAGCUCCGUAGGCAAGGUUGAAAGUGAAAGUGAAAUUGCAAGCAACACUGAUUUUGAAGUCUGGUAGAAUCACUUGGACUGAGUUCUUCUGAAGGAUGCGGUUGUAAACCCUGUGAUACUAAGAUUUUCUUUAUCAUGUCACCCCUUUCUUGCUAUAGGUUCUGAUAAUUUCUGGCAUUUCGUAAUACUGACAACUAUGCUAAGUAUUGUAGAAGUAUAUUUGUUGAAAAUGGCAUACUGCAUAUUUGAUGAAAUCUCUCGUCUCAUUGUUUUUCAUAUCUAACGAGCAUUUAUCAACUUUCUUCUUUUUCAUGCUCUGUGCAGACAGAAAAUGCUAGUUUGCAUCGGCUGGCUUCAGCAAAUGCACUCAAAUCUGCUCAACCGAAGGGCCUGAUCCACUCCUCAGAGUUGCUAUGCCCUACUGCUGUUAAUGGGAUGUUAACUGCAUGCUGAUAUGUCCUUUGACGGUCCAUGGUAGUUAUUGGACUGCACACCAUGUCAGUAAAUUGUCUGCUUCUAUUUCUGUUACAGGGGUUGGUGUGAUGGGAACAUCAAGCUGUUGGUUUUGCGUGUUAAUGCCAUCUAUUCAUGGUGAUGCAUGCUUCAGGACAUAAUUUGCAAUGUUUGGUACUCAGCAGUCAGCACCAGAAAUCCCUGGACGAAAUGAUCGAACAUUUGGAUAUUCUUCUGCUGUCUCUUGUUACCUGAUAUGUCAUUCGGUAGUCUGUUAUGCAUUGUAUAGCCAAGCAGGUUUGCACCAUCUGUUCUACUGUCUCAGUUUGGCACCAAAGUAGACCAGCAACCAACAGUUAGUUGCAUUCAUAACAGUUAGUCCUCCCCCAAAAAAUUUCUUCACAGUUUGGUCCAAGCCUGGGCAGGGGGCAGGACCAAAUAGCUGUUUUCUUGUAUAUAGUUCCUCUGUGUCAUUCUCAUUUAUUAUAUUUUCCUUUUGUUGUCCUUCAAGCAGUGCAUUAGCUAGUCUUCCUGACAGUCUAAAAGAAAAGUUGCUGCUCGAUGCCCAGCGUAGAGGAAAACUUGAAGAUUUGCACAAUUCUGUGCAAGAAAUUCCAGCAGAGGGUGCACUGUGGAUGUUUCAUGAGAGUAUUCUUCAGGAUAAUCGUCAACCAGAGGAAAGCAAGCUCCGAACUUUUCCGAAGGACCUUCUGUUGCUGUUGCACGACUGCCCAGAUGUUCAAGUUUCUGAAGAGUUGAAAAGAGUUCCGUAACCAAAGUCCUAAAUGAAAUUGCAAGCACCACUGGUUUCGAAGUCUGAGAAAAAUGCACUAAAAUGUGCUCAACUGAAGGACCCUGAUCCACUCCUCAGAGUUGCCAUGCCCUACUGCUGUUAAUGUGAGGUGAACUGCAUGCUGAUAUAUCCUUUGAUGGCCCAUGAUAGUUGUUGGACUGCACACCAUGUGUGUAAAUUGUCUGCUUCGAUUUCAGUUACAGCCGGUUGGUGUGAUUGGAGCAUAUCAAGCUGAGCAUGAGCAUCCCUCCUUCAGGACAUGAUUUUUUUUUUUUGGUGCGCACCAGAAAAACUCUGGACCGAAUCGUCGAACAUUUGAAAAUUCUUCUCCUGUCUCUUCUUACCUGACAUGGCAUUCGAUCACGCCUGUUCUGCAUUGUUACACCCCAGCAGUUGCAGGCAAAGCUUUUCUUGUCGUCGGACUUGUUCUCGCCCAGGACUGGCGGCAGAACAGUCUCAAAGGCCUGGACAAGCAUCUCCACCUUCCUCUUCUGAGCACGGGCCAACUUGUUCACCGUCCUCCGAAGUGCAUAAUCGACCAUCCACUCCUCGGCAUUCUUGCGAUCAUCGGUCAUCUGAUGCCUGAGAUCAACCUUCUCAGCAUCCGGAUCAGGCGCC